CAGGAUAACACGCAAAAGGUCGAAUACAAAGUGGGCACCUUGCCGAGUCGCGAUUCGCGCGUGAGCUCAGUACCCGCGAGGAGGGAGAGAGAGACCCCAUGCCCGUCUCUUGAAUCCACUGCUCACACAAACAAGUUAUCAGAGUGUGUGAAUUAGGUUUUUUUUGCUUAGAGUGAUGGGUAGAAGGAAGCAAAGGAGGCCCCACCGAUCCGGUGGGGUUGUAUUGGAGAGUCGCAGCAAUGCUGAUCAGGCAGAAUUGGAUGGAAUCAAGAUUUCAAAUGGGGAAUCAGGAAAGAAUGAACUGGAUAAAGUUGAUGAGCCGUAUUUUGUGGAAGUUGAUCGGUCUUGUUGGGUUUUUGACGAGCACCUUGAUAUUGCUGAAGUUGUUUUGACAAAUUUGAAUUUCGGAGAAGGGUUUUCUGGUGAUGGAUUGAGUGGGGAUUUUAAUCAGGAUGAUUACUCAUUAAGGUUUCGAGUGUGCAACGUGAAUGAGUUUAUUGGCCGUAUGAAGUUAGGCCAUUGGCCUGUAUUAUCCUCUGCUGAUAUUUCUUUGGAAUUCAUUAAGUGUCCAACAGAGGAUACGGGCGAGUGCUCGGUGAUUUUAUCAGGGAGUUUUGAUGGACCGGAUGAAGGUAUCUCUGGUCUUGUUCACAUGGCAAGUUUGAGGUUUAUGACCCUAAGGCCAGUUCAGUGGGUUGUGUCGAUUGAUAUGUCCACCAUCACGGUUAGGGUGGAGAUACUUAAGCGUGCGUUUGAUGCUUGUCAGUCACUUCUGGACAUGACUAGGCAAGUCUGGAAAAAAAGUAUGAGGAAUGUCAUGGGUUGGCUUCAUCCAGAAGUAAUGACAUCAGAGGCUAGGUACGGAGUCAGUAAAUCAACAGAAAUGGAAAUUGAUUUGCAUACUGAAAAUGGAUAUGCUAAUUCAGACCCUAGUAAACUAGCAAGGUUUGAUGUCUCUGGGUUCUAUGAAGCCAUUAAGCGAUCAAAAGCAGAUGCAAUGCUUCAAGCUGACAUGCCCGAUUUGCUUCCUGAGUUGAAGCCCUAUCAGCGCCGUGCAGCUUACUGGAUGGUACAUAGAGAGAAAGGAUAUGCAGAAAGUCCGGUCGAAAAGGGAAACAGUCAGUUCAUAUCACCUUUAUGUUUGCCCUUGGAAUUUCUUGACACAUGUUCAAAAAUGUUCUACAACCCAUUCAGUGGAAAUGUUUCGUUGCACCCAGAGAAUGAUUCAGCUUAUGUCUGUGGUGGUAUUCUUGCUGAUGAGAUGGGCAUGGGGAAAACUGUUGAACUUCUUGCUUGUAUAUUUGCGCAUCCGAAGUCGGCAGAUGAAGACAACAUAUUUGCUGAUUCUGAAUCUCAAGCUACCGAAGAUCAGAAAAUCAAUCUUAAAAGAUUAAAAAGGGAGCGAGUUGAAUGUGUAUGUGGAGCUGUGAGUGAAAAUAUGUCAUACACAGGAUUAUGGGUACAGUGUGACAUAUGCGAUGCAUGGCAACAUGCAGACUGUGUGGGUUAUUCAGCUGAUGGAAAAUCCAUCAAAUCCAAUGAGGCCUCUCAAAAGCACCUGAAGAGGAAAAAUACAACCACUGUAGUUGAAAGAGAUGGAAAAUAUAUUUGCCAGCUGUGCUCAGAACUGAUACAGGCUACUAACUCUCCUGUGGCUACUGCUGCCACUCUUAUAAUUUGUCCAGCUUCUAUUUUGCUCCAAUGGCAUUCUGAAAUUAUACGUCAUACCCGUGCAGGUUCUUUAAAAACAUGUAUCUAUGAAGGUGUGAGGGAGAGUUCUUUUUCAAACGCGUCGGAAAUUGAUAUCAGUGAACUUGUUAGCGCUGACAUUGUAUUGACAACAUAUGAUGUGCUUAAAGAGGACCUGUCACACGACUCUGAUAGGCAUGAAGGUGAUCGGCGCUUGAUGAGAUUCCAUAAAAGGUACCCUGUUGUUCCAACCGUUCUGACCAGAAUAUUCUGGUGGAGAGUUUGUUUGGAUGAGGCUCAAAUGGUGGAGAAUAAUGCUGCUGCGGCCACAGAAAUGGCUAUGCGGUUAUAUACUAAGCACCGUUGGUGCAUUACAGGGACUCCUAUUCAACGUAAACUUGAUGACUUAUAUGGACUUCUACGAUUUCUCAAAGCAUGCCCAUUUGAUGGUUCUAGGUGGUGGGUUGAAGUUAUACGAGAUCCAUAUGAGAGGAAAGAUGUGGCAGCUAGGGAAUUUGCUCAUAAAUUUUUCAAGAAAAUUAUGUGGCGAUCUUUGAAAGUGCAUGUUGCAGAUGAGUUGGAGCUUCCUCCUCAGGAGGAGUGCCUCUCUUGGCUCACUUUAUCUCCAAUAGAAGAACACUUUUACCAAAGGCAACACGAAACUUGUGUGAGCUAUGCCCGAGAAGUCAUUGACAGUCUGAAAGAUGAUAUUCGAAAAAGAGAAGUCAGAGGAUGCUUAGCAUCUAAUGAUUCAUCAGAUCCACUCAUCACACACGCAGAGGCAGGAAAGCUUCUGAAUACACUGUUGAAGCUUCGCCAAGCCUGCUGCCACCCUCAAGUAGGAAGCUUUGGGCUUCGUUCUCUGCAACAGUCACCCAUGACUAUGGAGGAAAUACUAAUGGUUCUUGUAGGUAAAACAAAGGUAGAAGGAGAGGAAGCGCUUAGGAGGUCAGUCGUCGCUCUCAAUGGGCUUGCCGGGAUAGCUAUACUCGAACAAAACUUCACCCAAGCUCUAUCCUUGUACAAGGAAGCGCUGGAUUUAGCUGAACAGCACAAUGAGGAUUUCCGCCUGGACCCUUUGUUGAGCAUCCACAUUUAUCAUAAUCUUGCUGAUAUACUCCCUUUGGCAACAAACUGCUGCCCUUCAAAAGAACAGCUUCCUGGGAGCUCUAGGGAAAUGGCCUCCAAGAUACAGGGCAUUGAAACUUGUGAUCAACAUGUAGCGAAGAGGCAAAAACUUUGUGGGAAAGAAGAAAUUGCCAAUGAUGCCAGUAACUCACUGGAAGGUACAUCUGAAUUAUCAGAUAAUGUUCCUGCUGCUCACCAAGAAUGCGAUAAUGGUCCCCAGCCAUCAUGUAGUUCUUUCAGUGAUGCAUCUUUGAGAAUAGCCUUUGACAAUAUUAAACAGAAGUACUUGUCUGUAUUCAGUUCAAAGCUAUCCAUGGCUCAACAAGAGUUUAACAAGUCUUACACACAGGUUUGCAAUGCAAUCAGCGACAGAAAAGAUCUAAGUACAGUUUGGUGGUUGGAAGCCCUUCUUCAUGCUGAAAAGAACAUAGACCUCUCUAGGGAUUUGAUGAGAAAGAUUGAAGAGGCCCUUGUAGGAACUCUAAACAAUGGGAAGUCAUCGAGAAUUGCCUCUCGUUUCCGAAGCAUAAGUGGCCUGAAGUAUCAUAUGCAGACUGGUUUGGACCAAUUAGCAGCAUCUAGGAAGACGUUGCUUGAUCGACUUUUAGAAAUUGAUCAGACGAUGGAGAAGCCAAAGGAGGAGGAUAUUCACCGCGUGAGAAACUGUCGAAAUUGCAAGGGUUGUGAUGAUGGUCCUUUGUGUGUUCUCUGUGAACUAGAUGAAUUGUUUCGGGACUAUGAAGCAAGGCUCUUUCGUAGUGAAAAAGUAGGCGGAGGGACAGCUACAUGUGCUGAAGAGGCUGUGGCUUUGCAGAAGAAGAACUCUGAACUUAAUCGUUUUUAUCAGAAUUUGUCGCAGCCAAAUAAAGAGUCAACAUCAUCCAAUUCUAAUAAAGAGUCAAAGAAGAGAGAUGCUGGAAAAGUUGUGGUUUCAAAAGCUCCAUCUGAAUUAGAGGUUGUUCUUGGAGUUAUAAGAAAUCAUUGCAAGGCCCAAUUAGGGAGGGACGGUACAUCAGAAGCCACAAAGCACCUCCACGCUCUUGAGGGCAUGCGCAAAGAGUAUCCCCAUGCAAGAUCCUUGGCAAUAGCCCAAGCUCAAAUUCUACAAGCUUAUGAUGAGCUUAACAUGGCAACUUCAAGAUUGCGCCUAGCAGAAGAUGAGGAUGAUAAAGCUCUUGAUGCUUUAAGUGAAGAAGAAUUACCUUCAGCUAGCGUCCUAUAUACUAGCGACAAGUUCACAUCCUUAAAUUCGUUGUCUGUUGUAAAAGGGAAACUUCGUUAUUUAAAGGGUCUGGUACAAGCUAAACAAAAGGUGCCGUUGCAAAGUCCAAAUCCUUCCUCGGUAGCUGAAGGGGCAGCCACUAUGCCAACAUCCACGGAACAGAAAAAUGUAUGCAUACCUACAGGCGAUAAAGAAACAUGCCCGGUUUGUCAAGAUCCAUUAACCAUUCGGAAGAUGGUUUUUCCGUGUGGGCAUCUUACAUGCUGUAAAUGUUUAUUUGCAAUUACUGAACGGAAUAACAAGGUUCAAGAUAAGUGGGUAAAAUGCCCAACAUGUAGACAACAUACUGAUGUUGGAAACAUUGCUUAUGCUGAUGAUGGGCAGAGUGAAACUAGUACUUCUUCUGUGCUUCAUACAACCGAAAGUCGUGAAAUGUCUGAAGCAUCUGUUAUGGUACAAGGUUCAUAUGGAACAAAGAUUGAAGCAGUGACAAGAAGAAUACUGUGGAUAAAGUCUACAGAUCCAGAGGCUAAAGUUCUUGUUUUCUCAAGCUGGCAUGAUGUGCUCGAUGUAUUGGAGCAUGCCUUCGCUGCUAAUGACAUUACGCAUGUUCGGAUGAAAGGAGGAAGGAAAUCACAAGUUGCCAUUAGCGAAUUUAAAGGCGAAAAGAUAGGUGCAAAAGGAAAUCACAAGAUACGUGGACAGAAAGAGCAAAGAUCUUUCCAAGUGUUACUGCUCCUGAUUCAACAUGGAGCUAACGGCCUCAAUCUUCUGGAAGCGAAGCAUGUUAUUCUUGUCGAGCCGCUUCUCAAUCCAGCAGUAGAAGCACAGGCGAUCAGUCGGGUCCACCGAAUCGGACAGAAAAGCAAAACCAUAGCUCAUCGUUUCAUAGUUAAAGACACGGUUGAAGAGAGUAUAUAUAAACUCAACAAAAGCCGGAACAGCACUGCAUUCAUCGGGAACACGAAGAAUCAAGAUCAGCCUUUCUUCACAUUAAAAGACAUUGAAUCCUUAUUCGCAACAGUGCCACCCCCGGUACCAGAAACUCGAGGAAAGGCAACUGAAGUUCCCAACGAGAACCCAACGGAAAGUCUACGGCAUUUGCCACCUUCUGUGGCAGCUGCCAUAGCAGCUGAGAAGAGACAUAAGGAGCAGCAUGCAUCUUCUUUGUGACCAUAACUUAGCAGCUCAAGUUAAGAGAAAAGAUAUUUUGUUAGGCUUUUAACCAUGUUUUUUAUUUUUAAUUAGGAUUUUAUUUUCGAAACUAUUAUUUUUCUUGUAUAUAUUGAAUCCUUCAUUAUUUAUUGCUAUUUUUUUUGGAUGUCUGUGAUGUUAAUGGCACACAUGCUAGUCACUAAAUAAUAAAAUCUCUCUCUCUCUCUC